UGGCUGUAGCUUAAUCCGAGUCCCCCUUUACAUUAUUCCGUUUGGUAGUUUCCAGAAUGAGAAGGUCAAAUUACUGAGCAUGUGUGAUCUAGUGCCGAUCUGUUAUGCAGUUGUUGAAGGAGUCAAUGUGAAGCAGGCCUUGGAUCAGGAUUGCGUGUAGGCAGCAAAUGCAGUUUCCUCAAUACGUUUGGGAAUUGGUCACCUAAAAGACGUGGUGCACCUAUGCUGUCAGGUACAUAUCUUUAAUGAGAAGCAAGACACUGUCAAAAUGUUCAACACCAAAAGGAUUCAAACCUGUGACUGCACUAGACUGGUUUAAAAUGGUCAGUCUUCUUGCAGACUAAAGAAAAAGUCCCAGUCAGUGGACAUGAGCUCUCAAGGAUUUGGUGAUCCAAUGGCAACUGAGGAUUCAACAUCCCAAACUGGCAAAAUCCUCAAAACAACUGCUUCAGAGGAGAAGGGGAAAAAUGCUGUCAACACACAGAGACAUAACACUAGACGGACAGAACUCAAGAGAUAUUAUACUAUUGAUGCUGAGCAGAAAAAAACCCAGGAGAAAAAGGAUGUCCGUCGUAUGUCUUUCCAGAAGCCCAAAGGAACCAUUGAAUACACAGUUGAAUCAAGGGACUCUUUGAAUAGUAUUGCACUCAAAUUUGACACUGCACCUAAUGAGCUGGUGCAGCUGAAUAAACUGUUUGCCAGAGCAGUUGUUCCAGGCCAGAUUCUUUACGUUCCUGAUCCAGACUACAUUUCCAGCGUGGACAGUUCACCACCAUUGAGUCCAGUCAGCCCUUUGUCACCAACCUCUUCAGAAACCGAGUUUGAGAAACCUCUGGAUGUGGAACACCCUGAUCCCAAAGACCUGAGCAGCUCACAAAUACACAGCUGCAUCCGGACUCCGAGAGUGAUGUCAUUUACGUCUGAGGAUGAGGAGGCGUUCACAGAGAAGUUUCUCAAAAUUACAUGCCGAUAUAUAACUGAUGGAAAGGGUGCUGUCAGUGGAGUACUUCUUGUGACACCCAACAACAUUAUGUUUGAUCCUCUCAAACAUGAUCCUCUCGUAAGGGAAUGGGGCUGCGAGGAAUAUGGUAUCAUGUGUCCCAUGGAAGAGGUCCUUUCAGCAGCCAUGUACAGUGACAUUUUGGACAAUAAAGUCAAAGAGUCUUUGCCUGUAGAACCAGAAAGUCCUGGAUCAAUCAAAAAUGCAAACCAGUUUGAUGAAAGAGCACGAAGCAGUGCUGUUGAAGUUGACUUUAAACGAGACCUAGGGAAUGGCAGCAUAAGCACAACUCCCAGAAACACAAAGGAAUCCUUGUUUGAAGAUGUGUUCACUGAAUCUGAACUCUCCCCAAUCCGAGAAGAACUGGCCUCUGAUGAGUUUAGACAAGAUAAGUCAUCUGUAGCCUUAUCAGACAGUGUGCAAGCCAUAAACCAGUCUGCAAGGGAGAAGUGCCUCCCUUCAUCUGCAGAAUCAUUGGAAGUGAAAGCAACCAAGCAAACUAGUGCUGAAAGUCUGUUGACUCGUGAUAGUGAUGUUCCAGAUCGUGAGCUGGUUGAAAUGAAGGGAAGUGGAAACCCGGAGAUGGAAAUCUCCGAAAACAAACACCACUCUGAUGAUGAUGGUUAUGCUGUACACCAAACUGAGGAUGAGCAACAAGCCACUUUUAGUCACAUUUCGGUUUGUGACCACAAAGGAUUAGGCACCGAGUGCAGAGCAACUCGGAGUGCACCUAUUUCUGACUUAUCAGGGAUAUGCAAAGAGGAAAAUACUGAUCAGUCCAGUAGAGCGGACGAAGAUCUUGUUCCAGAUUCUGCAAAUGAUGUCGAGGAACUCCGAAAACUCUGGAAAAGCCAUGCUAUGCAACAGGCUAAGGAGCAGAGGGAAACAAUGCAACAUGCAGCCAACAAAGACAUUAAUCCAAAAACUGGGCAAGCUGCAGAACGAUCUGAAGAAGGUAUUGCCUUACCAAAAGAGAACAGGCGGAAUCGAUCAUACAGGUUCUUGUGUUUGAGAGUCGGGAAGCCAAUGCGGAAGACAUUUGUCUCAGUGGCAAGUGCAUCUAUGCAGCAGUAUGCCCAGAGAGACAGGAAGCAUGAGUACUGGUUUGCAAUACCACAAGAAAGGGCUGAGCAUCUAUAUGCUUUCUUUGUGCAAUGGUCUCCAGAAUUAUAUGGUGAUGAAGCUGGAGAGUUAGUGAAGGAGCAAGGAUUCAUGGUCGUCACAAAGAAUGAGAAGUCAGAAAUGAAUGAGAAUUCCAACAACGUUCCAUUGAUGGCAGACUGGGAGGUAGUAUCAGUGACUGAAUACCAUCGCAGGAUCGAUGCUCUUAAUGCUGAAGAACUGUGCAAGCUUUGCAGACGUCUCAAGAUAACAACACGAGAGGAAACCAGUAUGAAGCAAAAUACAACUAUAAAACUAGACCUGGAGUCUGAAACGUUUCGGCCAAACCUAAGUGAAAAAAGUGCCCUACUGCAAACGGAUCAGAUUGAAAAGGUCAUAAAAUCCUGCAACAUGGAAGCAGGCCAGUCGGUACAUCGAGUCCACGUUGACUGUACAAACAGCAUCCCAAAAAAGCCCCUCGGAAAAGUAACCCACCCAAACUCACAGUGCCAGGUGCCCAAGUUUGAUUCCAGCCUUGGACGACUGUCUGUGUGGAUUUGCACAUUCUCCCUGUGUCUGCAUGGGUUUCCUCCGGGUGCUCUGAUUUCCUCCCACAAUCCAAAGAUGUGCAUGCUUGCAAAAAAUCUUCCUCCACGAACUGUCGGUUACCCGUGGACCCUAAUUUACAGUACUGCGAAGCAUGGCAUGAGUCUGAAAACACUGUACCGUAGUAUGACUGGUAUUGAUACACCGAUGCUGCUCGUUAUUAAAGAUAGCGAUGGCCAGAUAUUUGGUGCCCUAGCAUCAGAACCGUUCAAGAUUAGCGAUUGUUUUUAUGGAACUGGGGAGACCUUCCUUUUCACUUUCCAUCCUGAAUUUAAAAUAUUCAAGUGGACAGGUGAUAAUAUGUUCUUCAUAAAAGGAGAUAUGGAUUCCUUGGCCUUCGGUGGUGGAGGAGGAGAAAUUGGAUUGUGGUUGGAUGGGGAUCUAUACCACGGACGUAGCCACUCAUGUAAAACGUUCGACAACUGCAUCCUUUCUAAAAGGGAAGACUUCUACGUACAGGACAUUGAAAUAUGGGCAUUUGAGUGAAAGGACAAAUCUUUACAUAAGCACUGAAGGAAUUCAAUGUGUCCGAUGUAAGACCCUAAAUCUGACCAAGCAUCGAUAAUGAAGUUGAAUCUAGGCAAAUCAAAAAAAAAUUAUCGUCAGUUGGGCCACCACAUUUGUUAGCAGAUCUGUAAAGAAAAAUUCGAUCUGAGCCCAAUCUAAGAAUGUAACAAAUACAUGUUUUUAAAAGUCAAAACACCAGCCACAUACUCUGAAGUUUUGGCAAACCCAAUCCCAUUAAACUGAACCCUGACAAGUCAUAGUUGCACUAAAAUGAUGGGGUCAGAAAUCACCCUAACAAAUUCUAUUUACUUCUGUUUGAAAAACGUAUCUGGGUAAUGCUGUCACUGAUGGUGGUGCUGCAGCUUUGAGACUGAUGCUGUCAACAUUUUGGGUCAACUGGCAAAAACACGUGUCACAUUCAGCCUGUAUAGGGCUUGAUGCUGUUCUGUGGCAAAACCAAUGAAAGAAAACGUAUUCAGGAAGAAGCCUCAUGUUGCUGGAUAAAUGACAGCAGAAUUUUGCAGGGUAUUUUUGUUAUGCCUGUGUAGUUUCCUGCAAACGUGAAGAAGCUUAUACUGUAUUUAUUGGUCAGAUUUAUUCUACUGUUUAGCUUCAUAGCACACCAAACUCCCAAGCACCCAUAGUUGUGCUGUCUGUCAGUGGGUGUAUGUUGUGAGUAGCUGACACCACUCUAAAACAGAAUAGUAAUCGAUACUGUAGAUGUUAGGAUAAUUCUAUAGACUUGUGGAAUUUACAGGUUAUUGUCAAGUAAUGUCGAACAACCUUGGCAGGCUUGGUCAUUUAUGCCUUGGUCACUGCAAAUGAUUAAUGCCAUCUAGAGAUUAACAAAACAGUUUCAGAAUGAAAAUAACUAAACCCUAUUGCAGGUUUUCUUCGUAUUUUGUCAAGUCUAGAACCUGAUUGUGUUUUACAAAUUAUUCCUGUUCUGAGUGUGAAAUUGAUUUUCUUCGUGCUGAAAAUCCAGCUAUUCAGCUGCAUUGUAUUAUAAUACUCUGUAAAUCAAAGUACUGCAUUGUUCCUCAGUUGAGAAAAUGAAAUGGUGAGUUGUUUAUGGCACUUUGAAUUAUGACAGAAAUAAACGCAGGCCAAUUAAUUUUAUUGGUUUUUGUUGUAGUCUUGUACAGAUUUACAAAUUUAAAAUGUUAAACUGAUGGGAGACAGUUGCUGCAUUCAUAAAGGGCAUAUUAAUUUUGUGGACUGUUUAUUUAUGCUGAAUGUGAAAAAUACAGAGAUCAUUUCUGUCUAAUGUUCUGUAUCUUUGUUAGGAUGUAGCCUGAAUGUUUACAGAUUUUGGACGUGAAUUGUAAAUAAAUACAGCAGCUUUUAUUUCCUUUGUCUUCCACAGCAGUAUUAAUGUCUUUGUGGAGUUACAGCUACCUAACAAAACUAUUUAAAAUAAGCUUAGAAUUAUCACAAUACUGCAAUGUAAGAUUGAUGAAUAGUAGAAUAAA